GUUGAGUGAAACUGGAUCUCCCCUCCGCCGCUCCCCUCGGCCACAUCUUGAUUCUCCUCUGAAGACUUUCUCAGGGGGUUGUGACCAAAGUUUAUUAUUAGCGUCUGUCUCAGUUCUCUCUUUCUCACUCCGUCCUCUUCCUCCUCCUCCUCCUUCUCCCCCGUGUCUUUUCGUUUCAUUUUUGUCCGUCACUUUCUGUUUUUGUCUGGCGCUUCAGCUUUCUUCUUUACUUUUGACGGUGUUUACUUUUCAUUAUUCCUCUUCAGGUACUCCAUCAGUCGUUUUUUUUGUGGAUAGACUGUAGUUGUGUCUCCCCUUCGCCUCUUUUUUCCGCUGACAACACCACAGGCUAUUUUUUACUUUGCUACAGCUCAAUGCCCUCUAGAUUUCCUGUGCCAUUGCUUUAAUAUUGUAUUGUCCCGUCAUCUGUCCUCUUUUCUGUCCUUAACUCCUUGCUGUCUUUUUUUUUUUCUGCUGCUGCUUAACCCGCCUUCACCUUACUACAACCUGCCUCCAUCCUCUUCUCUUCCACUCGAGCUCAUCUCUGAGUUGCUCUGCACUUCUGCAUAAUGGGAAAGACAGAGCUGUACUCUCUCUAUAAGGGUUUUCUGGACUGUAUUUGCAUCUGUCUCUCUCGGAGGAGCGACGAGGCUGUAGCUCUCAACGAGAGGGACACUGAGAAUGGUCAUCUGAUCUACAACAGCGGGGACGUCCUCGAAGACAGAUAUGAGAUAGUCGACACUUUAGGUGAGGGAACUUUUGGGAAGGUGGUACAGUGUUUGGACCACAGCAGUGUUUUCACACACAGGGGAGGAAGUCGAAUUGCUCUGAAGAUCAUUAAGAACUUGGAGAAAUACAGAGAAGCUGCCAAACUGGAAAUCAACGUACUGGAGAGGAUCAGACAGAGUGAUCCAGACAACAAAUAUCACUGUGUGCAGAUGCUCGAUUGGUUUAACUACUACGGCCACGUGUGCAUCUCUUUUGAGCUGCUGUCUCUCAGCACCUUUGACUUCUUGAAAGAAAACAACUUCCUGCCUUAUCCCAUUAACCAGAUCCGACACAUGGCCCUCCAGAUCUGCCACGCUGUCAGCUUUCUCCAUGACAACAAGCUGACUCACACCGACCUGAAGCCUGAGAACAUCCUCUUUGUCAACUCAGACUACUCCCUCAUAUACAACACCGAAAAGAAGUGCAAUGAGAGGAGAGUUAAUGACACCACAGUACGACUUAUUGACUUUGGCAGCGCCACAUUCGAACACGAACACCACUCUGCCAUUAUCUCUACACGUCACUACCGAGCUCCAGAGGUCAUACUGGAGUUGGGUUGGAGUCAUCCAUGUGAUGUGUGGAGUAUUGGCUGCAUCCUGUUUGAAUACUAUGAAGGCUUCACACUUUUCCAGACACAUGACAAUAAGGAGCAUCUCGCUAUGAUGGAGAGAAUACAGGGACCAGUUCCUCAGAGAAUGAUCCAAAAGAGCAGAAAGCAAAAGUAUUUCCACCGUGGUCGUCUCGACUGGAACGAGUGCUCAAAGGCCGGACGCUAUGUGAAUGCCAAGUGCAAACCAUUAAGGAAGUAUUUGUUAUCACACGGGACAGAGCACCACCACUUUUUCUAUCUGUUGGAGAGGAUGCUGGAGUACGAGCCAUCAAAACGCAUCGCUCUUUCUUCUGCCCUGUGUCACCCCUUUUUCGUCUAUCAUCCAGGAAGGAGUCAAGUCUGGAGGAACAGCCGUGAUAUGAGCUGAUGACCCUGAAUAGACACUUGACCCUACGAGGACCAUACCAGUGUGUUUCCAAGUUUUAGUUUCUCAGAUACAAAUCAUGUCAUCAUGUAUACUUUACAUUACAGUUCAGUAAGAGAGAGGGUAGUUGAAAGGUUGAAAGAGUUAUUAAGAAAUACAUUAGACCUCAUUUUAUGUCGGUAAUCACACCAUGAGUCAUAUUCCUCUGAAAGAGUUUUGACCAUGGUGGUGGUGAAGGUGUGAAGAACAAUAGCUGAAGGUUUGGAUGUGAUUUGGAGCAGUGUUUCUAAUGAGCUCAGUGAAGACCCUUCGGGCAGGUGGCUGUUAUGAAACUGGAGCGGUCUGGGGUUGAGGUGGGUCAUGUCAAUCAGACACUGAAGUGACAACUGACAGCAGCAGAGAGAGGCGGAUUUGUUCGACACGUGAUGAGCAGAUGAGUCAUGUGUCAUAUGUCCAAUAUUCACUCUCUUUUAGCUCUAGUUUGGUCUCCACCAACUCUUGAGGGAAUAUCUGGCUCUUCAGAUGCUAAAUGCUCCGUUAUGUUCACCUCCUUCUGAUGUUACUUGCUGCACAGAUAGUGGACAAUCAGGUUUUAGAGCAUGUAAAGCUACUAAAGAGAGCUUCCACUGCUGAUGAGAGUGAACCAAAACCGUCCCAUGUCCUAUCAAUCAAUGCAAUCAAUUGAUUUUGCAAUCAUCGGUGAUAGUUUGGACCCUAGUGGGUUAAGUUGCCUGCCAAAAA